AUGGCUCAGGAGACAAACCAGACGCAGGUGCCUCUGCUGUGCACCACGGGCUGCGGGUUCUAUGGCAGCCCCCGGACCAACGGGAUGUGCUCCGUGUGCUAUAAGGAGUUCCUGCAGAGACAGCAGAGCAGUGACCGGAUCAGCCCUCCAGCCCCAUCCCAUUCAGCACCUUCCAGUACACUACUCGUUAGGGCCUCAGACAGCUCCUGUAAUAAAAUGAAUGCUUGCUUUAUCAAGAAGGGCUGUAAAACACUUGCCUCUGUUUCAGGUACUCUGCUUGAGGUAUCCCAGAGCACAGCUGAGGGCAAGACGGCUUCGGAAAAGCCUAAACCCAAGAAGAAUCGCUGCUUCACCUGCCGGAAGAAGAUUGGGCUGACUGGCUUCGACUGCCGCUGCGGGAACCUGUUCUGUGCCAUUCACCGGUACUCCGACAUGCACGCCUGCCCCUACGACUACAAGGCAGAGGCUGCCGAGAAGAUCCGUAAGGAAAACCCCAUCGUUAUCGCUGAGAAGAUCCAGAAGUUGUGA